CCGUGACGUAAGACGUCACCAGUCUACUGUGCGGACAAUCAAUAAACACCUUCUGCAAAGUGACAACAAACCCAUAUAUCCAGAAUUUUUGAGGAUAUUAAAUACAGUUAUGGACUCCACAGCGACCAUAGGAGGGUUCAUCAGCACUCUUACUGAGAUGGGCUUCAGUAAGGAUCAGAUACAGGCGGCGAUGCAGGCAGGAUUCUUCUCCGUACCAGAAGCAGCGGAAUGGCUUAUACAGGGCGGGAGUCCACGGCAUAAACUAGUCAAGCAGACUUCAGGUCCUUCCGAGACAGCGUUUUCUGCGUUCAACCCUCCCAAAGAUGCUGUCUGCUCCAACAACACCUCACAGUCUGAGACAACAGGUCCUUCUUUGGUCUUGGCACCUCCUUCUGUGAACGCAGGCACAGCAAAAGAGCAUCCACCCCUGGAAACACGGAUCAAGCAGGAUAAAAGCAAUUUCCAUGAGCAGCAAAGGCAGCGAGUGGCUCAAGAGGCGCGGGCGGAAAGGAGACAGAAGAAACAGGAGCGUGAGUUGGUAUUGAAGAGGAUAGCAGAGGACCGGCGCAGUCAGCAGGAGAAGGCCCAAAAUGAAGCCACGGCUGAGACCUCUCCAUCCAGUGGACAGGGACAGAGACUUGGCGGACGUGUGGAGACCAGUGUGGACAACCACUGCAUCCUCAUGAUCCGUCUUCCCUCUGGGGAAUCAAUGCGCGAGCGUUUCCCUGCAGACACUCCCUUAAGUCACGUCGUCGAAUACAUUGCCGGCCGCCACCCUUCGCUACCUGCUUUCUCACUCCUGCAAGGGUUUCCUCGAAAGCGCUUUGGGGAGGCUGAGCUAACCUGCUCCCUCCGGUCUCUGGGACUGACUCCCAAUGCUGCACUUUGCAUACAGACCACGCCCCCCGAAACGCCUCAGGACCCGCCCAGUCCAGCAGCCCGUUUGGCUGUUGUAGGGCAGGUGGAGGCGGAGCCACGGGAAGAGCCGGCGGUGCCACCGAAUGAGCAACCCCAAGUGGAGGCUGGGGCUUUAGAGGAACUGGAGGUGCCUCCACCUUUGCCCCAUCAGCUGUGGGAGGAAGCAGUGGGGUAUGCUGGGAUUCCUGGGGUCGGACCUCCGCUGUCAGGACCUUCUCACUACUGGGGACGAGGCCAUAAACUGGUGCAAGGCGAUGCAGAAAAUGAAGAACAUUUGGAAAAUGAGGAGCAACCAGAAGAAGAAGUUGUACCUCCAUUUCAUCUCAACGGACUGCCACGGUUGCCCUUUCUCCUGGAGAACAGGGCAAGAGCGGGACUGGAGCCGAGACAUCACUGGCCGGAGCAGGGCAACAGACUCAGGGAGGCGGAGCCUGAUGACCCAGCAGACCCUGAGGAAGGCCGUGCGUUGCGUGGAGCCGCGGGUCAAGCCGCGGUAGAGCGUUUACAGCGUGCUGCCCAUCACGACGAGCAGCAGUCACCACACGGGCAUCCCUCACCCCCCAAAAAAGCCUUCAAGACUCCCCGCGUGCCCUCUCUCUGCUCGAUGGCCACCAGGGCCACCGUUUCCCUGAUGACAGCUCCCAGCAUGCAGUACAGCAGUAGCCUGGCGUGUUUGACCCCAGAGUUGGCCGAACUCUUGUUGGCUCAUAUGGCACGCGAACGUCUGCUUAAACCGCGAACGCUGGAGCUGUUCUUCGGCUGCCCGCUGCAGAAGUUUGUCCUAAACUGCUACCCGUAUACCACAAACGAGCUGCUGCGACAACUGAGGGCGUUUUCCUGUCUUAAACAUCUCAGCUUUGUCAACUCUCCACUAAUCACAGAUGCUGGUCUUUCUGUUUUGUCCAACCUCUCAAAACUGCAGCAUCUCAACUUGUCGUCUUGUAGCAAGCUAACAGACAGCUGUUUGCAGCAUAUCGCAGGUCUUCGCAGUCUGACAUUCCUGGCUCUGGACCAGACCAAAGUAAGCGAUGCAGGUCUGCUGAUAUACCUGCAGGCAGGUUCUUCUGCGCUGUGUCAGCUCAGCCUCAAUCUGACGGCCAUCACAGAAAACACACUGAGAGUGCUGCCCACAUGUGUACCACAGCUACGAAUGCUCAGUAUUAAACACACUAAGGUGAGUGACGUGUCUGCACUCGCAGAGCUCCGAAACCUGCAGACGCUUCACUUGGACGGCACAGGCGUACGAGAAAAUACUCUCCAGUGCCUAGCAACCCACCCCAGCCUAUCAGCUCUCAGCCUGGCCGGCAUACCGGUUGCGGAUGGAAACCACACGCUGGAGAUCAUUUCAGGCCUAAGGCUUACCCAGCUCACCCUGCCUGGCAGACACUCUGUGACAGACAACGGACUUACGUUUCUCUCCAGACAGACGUUGCUCUUAGAGCUCGACCUGACUGACUACACUCAGCUCACAGACCACGGCAUUACACAGCUUGCCAGCAUGACUAGGUUGAAGAAGCUGUCUCUUAGCAACACUCUGGUGAGUGACAGCGGGCUGCAGGGAUUGAUCAGUCUGAAAGAGCUCCAGGAACUGUGUCUCGAUCGUACAGCUGUCACCAGCAGGGGCGUUGCAGCUUUGAUAACACACUUACCACAUCUGCAGGUGAUGGGUUUGGCCAGUACACAGGUGGGCGAUACAGUGAUCAGACGAGGUCUGGUUCACUGCCCACAGCUGCUGAAACUUAACCUCAGCAGAACCAGAAUCACAGAUCAGGGUCUGAAGUUCCUAUGUCGUAUGCAGCUGAGUCAAGUCAACCUGGAUGGCACAGGAGUAACUCUAGCUGGCAUUGCUAACCUGAUCUCCGCCUGCCCUCAUCUGACAAGUGUACGAGCCAGCCACACCCGCGCCAUUCCUCCAGACCAACAGUCUGAUGACGACGACGAGAACGAUAACUGCAAAAACGCCACGCGAUCCUAGAUGCUUGUGUGUGUUAUUCAAACACGGCCAUAGUACCCUUUCUCAAAGGGCAGAUUACUAUUCAGAGCUUCCUUUUUCCAUAAGUAGCACUAAAAUCUCACUUGGGUUCGACAAUCAAGUUGAAAUGCGUUUUUGAAUGUGGUUCAAAACAGCGUAAUGAACAAAAAGUUCAUAUUUAACCUACUUUAAACGUGCCAUGAAUAUGCACACUGAAAUUUAUAUUUUCUGUGGAUUUUUUUUGUAAAAUAAAAUUAACAAAAUAUCAUUUAAAAAAACAGACCGCUUGUAAUACAGUUAAAAGGCGUCAUUAUAAUUUAGUAAUAAUGAUGCUCAAAUAUUGAUAAUCAACAUUUUGCAUGACAGAUGUAGAAGUAUCUGAAUCUUUUACAUUGUGUAUUGAGGAUUCGUGCAUGAACAUGAUAUUUUUAUUUUAAAAAUGAAUUAAAACAGGUGUUAACGAAUGACAGAUUUUAUGUGGAUAUAUUUUGGAUAAAUGCAUCUGAAUGAUUGAUUGAAGUGGAAAGUCAUUUCAGACUGGAAGUUUUCUUUGUCAUUUAAUUACAUGCCAAAGUCAGUGUUGUUUUACUAGCAUGUUACCGAAUGUCGCACAAGUUUUUCUCUUACGUGUAUUCAUGUGUUAUUAAUAAGGGUUGGUUCACCCCAAAAUGGAAAUUCUGUCAUUAAUUACUCACCUUCAUGUCGUUCCCAGCCCGUAAGACUUUCGUUCAUCUUUGAAACACAAAUUAAGAUAUUUUGAUGAAAUCCAAGAGCUUUCAGACCCAACACAACUGACACGUUCAAGGCCCAGAAAGAUAGUACGGACAUCAUUAAAAUAGUCCAUGUGACAUCAGUGGUUCAACUGUAAUGUUAUGAAGCUAUGAGAAUACUUAUUGUGCACAAAUAAACAAAAGUAACAACUAUAUUCAAUGAUUUUUUUCUCUUCAGGGUCAGUCUUCGCCACGCGUUCACGAGAGAACCACGAUGCAUGCCGCAUGGAAGUGAAGUAAUCCUUAAAUAAAGUCGUUAUUUGUGUUUCUUUGCGCACAAAAAGUAUUCUCGUAGCUUCAUAACAUUAGGGUUGAACUACUGAUGUCACAUGGACUAUUCUAACAAUGUCCUUACUCAGGGUUGCCAGGUGUUUACAACAAAACUCACCCAAAUUGCGUUUUGAGGGGGGUCCCCCAGUGAAAAUAAUGUUUUGGGGAGUAAAAUACAUUUUUGGUGGGGUUCCCAAGUUACAGUUCACAGUCCUGGGGCUAAAUAUAACGUUGGUGGUGUCACUUCAACCCACGGCAACAGUCUUAAAGUAGCCCAAAUCCGUGGGAAAAUCGCAGACUUGGCAACACGAUCCUUACUACCAUAGAUAUAUACAUAGAUGUCUCAUUAGCGAUGCAUGUUGUUGCCGUCCGCUAUAUUGUAAUGGUCAACAUGACGUUAUUCACCAUAGUAAUCAAGGAAUAUUCGAAUAUUCCACAAUCCAGUACAGCGAUAGUCUGCGAACCCAUAGUAUGCAGGGUUGCCAGGUUUUCAGAACGAAACCCGCCAAAUUGCAACCCGUUAAAUUUGGCGUUCCAGAGAGCAAAAUACACGUUUUUGGCGGGGCUUCCCUGGUAAAAUUAGCAUUCCAGGGGCUAAAUAUUAUAUUAUUAUAGUAAAUAAAUAUUAUUUUGUUUGGGGUCUCUCUUCAACCCGUGGCAACCUUAUUAAAGUAGCCCAAUUCCGCGGGGAAAACCGCGCACUUGGCAACACUGAAUGACGUCAAGUUGACCGUUACAAGAUGGCGGUCGAAUGGCGCGUCUACAAAUCUAUGCUUACUACUUUUCUGUGCUUGAGGUUGUUUUGCUGUCUAUGCAGAGUCAUAAAGCUCUCGGGUUUCAUCAAAAAUAUCUUAAUUUGUGUUCCGAAGGCGAACGAAGGUCUUACGGGUUUGGAACGACAUCAGGGUAAGUAAUUAAUAACAGAAUUCUCAUUUUUGAGCGAACUAACCUUUUACUUUGUUCUUAAUUGGAGGAUUUAUUAGUCUACUGGCAUUAACUGGAUCCAGGUUUACGCUAACAUCGCUAGCAUCUGUCUUUAACGUAGUUUUUCAUAUGACACGUAACAGUUAUGAAUAGUGAAAUACCAAACAAAUGAAUAGCAUCAGAACAUUAGCGUUCGACUGUUUCUGUAUGCAUCAGUGUUUGUACCUUUAAGCGUUCGAAUGCAAUAACAUUUAAAAAACAAAAAAUGACGAUCGCAUAUUUGAAAAAAGAUCUAACGUUAAUUCUAAACAUAACGUUACCUCGAAUGCACGGUGCUGUUCUGUCUUGAUGUGACGCAAGGGGUUGUUGAAACUGUCAAAUGUUUCUUUCAUUCGUUGCCAAGAGUUGUCUUGUCUGAGACAAAAUUCUGUUUUUUUACAUUCAGAACUCAGGAGCCAGUCAAUGUUGCAUCACGAAAAUGGCAGAGUCUUAUUCGUGUUUAUUUAAAAUGCCAUUAGUUUUCAAUGUGUAUGUUCCUACAACCGCAAAAUAGGCCUAGGUAUUUCGCUGUUAACCCUCUGUGUUAGAAAAUGGUAGUUCUGUUCAUCCUGUUGGUAAUUUGCAAGUAUACAAAAAAAAUAUAUACACAACAAUUCAUUAAGGAAGUCUACUAACACAAAUUCACACAGUCCAUCUCUUGUAUGUGAAUGUAUGACAACACAGAUCGUGUUAGAUGCAUGUUGUACAAUACACUAAAUUAAUUCAGUCCGCGCCACAUUUGUACAGUUUAUUUUGCUGGUAACUAGGAUAGUCUAAAACUAUUUUAUACUUUAGGUUUACAACAUUAAUAAAAGCUGCAUUUUGCAAUGGU